AUGAAAGAAUCUUUGAAGCUGCUGGGCAAUAAUUAUUCGUCGCUUCUACGAAUCCGGCCAGGCGUCAGGGUUCCGGUCGUGUUGCUGCUGACCAAUUUCUUUUCUCAUACCGAAUCAGAGCUUGUGGUGCUGCUGUGCAGCUUCUUCAUUCCUGCUGCGAGUCCGGGCAGAAUCGGGUUGUGCCAUUUCUGUUCGGCAGUUUGCUGUUGUGCAGGUUCGUCGGGUUUGCCAUCGUGGGGCUGCUGGGCGGUAGCUAUUCGUCCGUGCUACGAGUCCGGCCAGACGUCGGGGUUCCGGUCGUGUUGCUGUGCGGCCUCUAUUCGUUUCUGGUGUAAGUCCAGGCAAAACCCCAGCUGCCCCCCAUUUAACAUCGGAGUGGACCAUAACUGGUUGUUGGGACAUUUGUGUUCGGCAGUUUGCUGUUGUGCAGAUUCGUCGGGUUUACCAUUGUUGCGGGGCUGCUGGUCGGUAGCUAUUCGUCACUGCUACGAGUCCGGUCAGGCGUCAGGGUUCGGAUCGUGUUACUGCUGCCGGGUUUCUUUUCUCAUACCACUUGUGGUGCUGCUGUGCAGCUUCUUCGUUCCUGCUGCGAGUCCGGUUUGUGCCAUUUGUGUUCGGCAGUUUGCUGUAGUGCAGAUUCGUCGGGUUUGCCAUCAUUGUGGGGCUGCCGGGCGGUAGCUGUUCAUCCCUGCUACGACUCCGACCAGGCGUCCGGAUUUCGGUCUUGUUGUUGGAGCUGGACGUGUUGUUGCAACGAUACGGGGACUGAAGAAGCUAAUUGUAAGUAUGGUUCACCGAUUUGGUUUUUUAAAAUUUGGCGCACAUCGCACAUUAUAAGUGCGGAAUUAAGUCGGAUCGAUCUGGUGUCUUCACCAUACUUAUUCAGCAUGAAAUAACGAAUAAGUACGGCGAAGACACCAAACCGAUCCAACUUUCGCUUAUUAUAUUAUAAUAGAAAAAAAUACAAUGAAACAAAUGUACAUUUUCUGAUGUGAACUACGUUAAUAAAAGAAAAACAUGACAAACAAUAUAAUUUGAAAAUAAAUGUUUAUCCACUAACAACGUAAAAGAUUAAAAAAGGAUAUGAUUUUAUUUAUUGGGGGUUCACGAGCUUUCUUAAAUCUUUUACGUCA